AUGGCAACAGGCGGUAAUGACCGAUCUUCUGUUCUCCACCACCACAAACAAACAACUGGCUACAAACAGAAACUCUUCGAGAAGAGAAAACAUCUUAAACAACACGUGGGGGACCAGAAGCAAACAAAAACAGUGGAACAUCUUUCGGAGACAGUGCUGAAUGGGUUUGAGGUGCUUUGGCGCCAAAACAUUCUAUGUGACGUUGCAAUUAUCACAAAGGAAAAGACCUUCCAUGCGCAUAAGCUCGUGCUUGUAUCGUGCUCCGACUACUUUUACGACCACUUCGUAGAAAAGCGUGAUUUUACCCACGGAGACGAGUUGAUCAAUCUGGGCGAUCUGGACUCGACUAUAUUUGAAGCAAUUCUGGAAUGCAUGUACACAGGAAAAAUCAAUCUGACGGAAGGAAAUGUUGAGGAAAUUUUACGGGUUGCAACAAGUCUUGGAUUCUUCCUUAUCCAGGACGCAUGCGAGGAGUUCUUCACGGACCAUUUAGACCUGAAGAAUUGCCUACAAAUGCUUGAUACUGCAUUCAGAUACAGUCUAAACAGACUGACCGAUAAAGCCCUUGGUCUUGCCGCAAAGAACUUUCGGUUAGUCACAAAGAAACAGAAAUUCAAAGAUCUCCCAAUGGAGCAAGUUGUUGCGCUCUACAAAAGAGAUGACCUUGAUGCCGAUCAUGAACUUGACGUUUUCAACAACAUGAUUGAUUGGAUAGAAUACGAUAAGCAGGCGAGACGUCCACAUGCGUCCGAUCUUUUAGCCACCAUACGACUGCCUCUGUUGUCCCCAGCAACCAUCGUCGACUCCGUGGAGUCCGUGUCGUUUCUGAUGGACAUCCCAGACUGUCAGACACUUGUGAAAGAGGCGCUGCAUUACCACUGCAUGCCAUCACGACAAAGCGUGCUACAAUCCCCAAGGACGAUCCCACGCAGAAAAAUUAAGGUCCUCAGUCUUCUCACGAUCGGAGGUGCCCCCAGAUUGAAGACGGAACAAGUAAGUGCUGAGAUGAGGCGAUAUAACUUCGAAGGAAAGACGUGGGACUCCUUGACGGAUCUUCCAGAGCCACGGCACCACCACGCAGUUGCUGUUCUGGGAGGGUUCCUAUACGUUGCUGGCGGAGAAAAACUUUACACCAAUAGCACUCCGAGCGACCGUGUGUUCCGGUUUGAUCCUCGCCACCACACCUGGCUUCAGGUUGCUAGUAUGAAUCACAAGAGGCAGAGCUUUCCUAUGUUGGUACUCAACGGCAUGCUCUUUGUUCUUGGUGGACGAGAGGACGAAUUUAAGGCACUGUCGUCUGUUGAGAAGUACAAUCCCCAACUGGACAGAUGGGAGGAGGCACCUUCUCUCAGUAGUCCACGCCGGUGUGUGUCAGCAGCUGUACUCAACGGACGUCUGUAUACGGCUGGAGGCACUGGUGGGGGCACAAAUACCUACACCUUAGACGUCGUAGAAUGUUACAGCCCGGCGAAUAACAAGUGGCACCAAAAAAAAUCUAUCCAAGAAGCUAGAUACUUUGCUCAUUUGGUCCCUGUGAGAGGUUCGCUGUACCUGUUUGGUGGCGCUAGUGUCGGAAACAUGGGGAAGAUUUCCUGUGUUGAAUCAGUGGAGAAAUACACUCCGACCACUGACACAUGGGUUACAUUGACAAACAUGAAGAAUCCUCGGGCCGAAUUUGGUUGUGCGAGCUUAGGAAGUAAAAUCUACGUGGUCGGAGGCCACAACUGGUCCACGAAAGAGCGACUGAGUUCUGUAGAUAGCUUUGAUGUGGAUUCCCAAAUAUGGAGUGACACUAAUACCGUUCCCAUCCUUACGCCGCUGACAGGAAUCGCAUGCUGUGCUUUGACACUAUUUGAUGAUAUGCCUUCUGAGUCAAAGAAAAAAACCGAGGAUGUUAAGCGCGACAAAGGAAAAGAGUAA